UUCUCGAGCAAAGUAGAGAUUUUGGAGAGCUCGUGUGUGAUGUUUAUGAAAGCGAGGAGUGUCCAAUGCAGGUGCAACCAGUUCAGGAGGAGAAGUCAAAACAGAAUUUAGAAGUGGUUUGGACAUGGUUACAGGAUGAGAAUGUCUCAAGCAUCGGAAUAUAUGGUAUGGGAGGGGUGGGUAAAACCACUUUGGCAAAACAUAUUCAUAAUCGUCUUAUUAAUGACCAUCGUUAUCAAGUUCUCUGGCUUACCGUCUCUCAAGGGUUCAGCGUCAAAGGAUUACAAGAUGAGCUUGCCAAAUUUGUGAAUCUAGAUCUUUCAAAUGAGGAGGAUGAACAUAGAAGGUCAGCCAAAUUAAACCAUGCAUUCCAAAAAAUGAAUAAAAUGGUUAUCAUAUUGGAUGAUAUCUGGGAUCGCCUUUCCUUGGAGAAGUUGGGUGACCCUCUUGGUGUAGAGGGUUAUAAGGUGAUUCUAACAACUCGCUCAUAUGAAGUCUGCCGAAAGAUGGGUUGUCAGAAACUACUCGAAGUGAAGACCCUGAAUGCUGAUGAUGCUUGGGAGCUGUUCAGGAAGGGUCUAGGAUUUGAGACUCAGCUUAGUCCAGAUAUUGAGAGUGUUGCCAAAUCGAUGGCAGAAAGGUGUGAGGGCUUGCCGCUUGGGCUCAUCACUUUGGCGGGAAGCAUGAGAGGGGUGACCGAUAUAAGGGAGUGGCGGAAUGCUCUGAACGAUUUCCUUGAGAACAUGGAAAGCGAUGUCUUCAAGGUACUGAAGUAUAGUUACGAUCGGUUGAGAGAUACAACUAUGCAAGAGUGCUUCUUGUACUGUGCUUUGUAUCCCGAGGACUGUGCAAUUCUCAGAGAUGAGCUUAUUGGUAGAUUUAUAAUGGAGGGACUGGUGAAGGGAAGUAGUAGGGAAGAUGAGUUUAACCAUGGCCAUACCAUAUUGAAUAAACUAGUCAAGCUCUGCUUACUUGAAGCAACUGUCGAUUACUUUGGAGAUGAAGCAGUAAGGAUGCAUGAUCUACUCAGAGAAAUGGCAUUGCGGAUCACAAACGAUAAACCAAGGUACAUGGUAAGGGCAGGAAUAGGACCACAAGUGUUGGAGGAGCAGGAUUGGGUGUUCGAUUUGGAGAGAGCCUCUUUUUACCAAAGCAAGAUAAAGAGAAUCCCUGAAGAGAUGUCACCCAAUUGCCCCACAUUAUCAACCUUGAUUUUGUCCAGAUGU